GACGUCGUUCGUGCCUUUUGUGGUGUUCGUGGUGUUCGUGGUGUUGGUCGGCGAUUCGUUCCCUUGUCCUGCUGGUCCAUCUAUCAGCCUACGAGGUACGAGGUGGUUAUUCGCCCUGGCCUUCAAGUGGAAGAAAAUCAUCAUUGCCAACGUCGUCGUCGUGCUCCUCCUUCCGAAGCCUUCUCGUGGUUGAUCCGGCCUCCCGCUUCCGAUCAUCCGGACGUUCCCCUCCCGUUUGGACUGUGGAUCCUGCUUGGAUCGGUCAUCGCUCGAGCUCAGGCGGACCGAGCCCACAUCCCUGAUCCCAUUCCCAGACCAGUCAGUGGCGACUGCUAGGUCCACUACCUGAACCACCCACCCACGGUCCCACCCGCGCCUUUGUCCCGGACCCCGCUCCGCCCAGUAAUGUCCACCAUGAAUCCCGAAUAUGAUUACUUGUUCAAGUUGCUCUUGAUUGGCGAUUCGGGCGUGGGCAAAUCUUGCCUGUUGCUCCGGUUUGCCGAUGACACGUAUACCGAGUCCUAUAUUUCCACCAUCGGCGUGGACUUCAAAAUCCGCACCAUCGAGUUGGACGGCAAGACCAUCAAGUUGCAAAUUUGGGAUACCGCCGGCCAAGAGCGUUUCCGGACCAUCACCUCCAGUUAUUAUCGAGGAGCCCAUGGUAUCAUUGUGGUAUACGACGUGACCGACCAGGAAUCGUUCAACAACGUCAAGCAGUGGCUUCAAGAGAUCGAUCGAUAUGCAUCAGAGAAUGUGAACAAAUUGCUCGUGGGCAAUAAGUGUGAUCUGACCACAAAGAAAGUCGUCGACUACACGACCGCUAAGGAAUACGCUGACCAGUUGGGGAUACCGUUUUUGGAGACGUCCGCCAAGAACGCCACCAAUGUGGAGCAAGCCUUCAUGACCAUGGCUGCUGAAAUCAAGAACCGCGUUGGCCCUCCCGCGCCUUCAGGCGCCACGGGACAGGUCAAGAUCGACUCGACUCCCGUGCAAGCCAAGUCGGGAUCCGGAUGUUGCUAAGAUCGACGUAGCGAGCCUCGCUUUGUUUUACUCCCCUUUCCCCCCUCGCCGCCCCAUUGGCGCUAUGCACAUCUCUGGGUGUGGAUGUGAGUGAGUGUGCGCGUGUGUGCAAGCCGUCGGAGACCACGUGACCGUUCCUCCGACAGAGUAGCCCAUCCAUCAUCUCUUUUUGUCGACCUAUAGAGAUUUUUAUGAUUCGUGAACAGUCAAAAAUCUACGAUUUGAAUUUUUCACCCUCUUCUUUUCAAUUGUUAUGAGUUCUGAUGAUGAUGAAAUCCAAAUUUUUUCAAGUACCGACGCACUAUCAAAUGGUUUUUUUCUAAUAAUGUGGCGCCUACAGUAAUAGCAUUGGUUCCCGUUUGUUUGUGUUAGCAUUUUAAUUGCAGAGUCUGAAAGAACGGUUAUUUUGCGGUGAAACUGAUCAGAUUUCCGCUUCAAACGUCCCCCUUUAGGCAAGACUUUGAUUUGUCCCAACAGAAACGAAAGUAUAGUAGAUAGGUAACCGGAUGUUUCUUUUUUGAGCUAUUACGUAAGUGAACUGAGGAUAUUCCGCAUUCAGUAAGAUGUACGAGUGACUUCUCAUUGACCAGGCAAAAUAUAGACAAGUUCUUGUUCAGGAUGUGUGAAUGACUACUCUCGAUUUGUUUUUUCUUAUACUGAACGAUUGACAAUACAGGUAUUCUCUUGCUA